CUAUUCCUAAAAUAUCCUUCGUAACUCUCGCUAAGCCCAAAUCAGCGACAAACCCUUUAGGCAUUGUCUACCCUCCAGAGCUUCUCUUCUCCAUCGUCUCUGUGGCUCUGUGCGACAAACCCGGCCGGCGCUUGGGGUUCUCCUGCGAGAGCUUCUCCGAUAAUUGUCUCCAGGCGACGCAACCCUUUGGGUUGGGGCUUGGCUUCUCCAGCGACGGUUUCUCCAACCUUCAUCUCUCGGCUUCAAUUUCAAGAUUGCCGAAAUGCGGAGGUAUUCUGUCCUACCUUUGUUAACAAAACGGCCAUUCAGUACAUCUUCUGGUGGUGAUAAAGUUGUAGCAUCUGUCCUCUUUGAGAGGCUUCCAGUUGUGGUUCCCAAGAUCGAUCCCAUUGUUUACGCUUUUCAAGAGUUUUCGUUCCGAUGGAGGCAACAAUAUAGAAGAGAGUAUCCUGAGAAAUUAUUGAAAAGGGCCGAGUCCAGAGGAAAAGGCGAAUACCAUAUUGACUAUACACCAGCUCCUCGGAUCACUGAGGCUGAUAAAAGUAAUGACAAAAAGUCGUUGAACAGAGCACUUGACAGAAGGCUCUAUCUUCUCCUGCACGGGAAGACACUUUCUAGUGGGAAGCCUGUUUGGCAUUUCCCAGAAAAAGCAUAUGAAUCAGAAGAGACUCUCCGCAGGUGUGCGGAGUCAGCAUUAAAAUCUGUGAUUGGAGACCUCUCUCACACUUAUUUUGUCGGCAAUGCUCCAAUGGGACAUAUGGUUACACAGCUUGGUGAGAAUGAUAAUGAGCCAGUACAACCAUGUCUAAAGCGCUACUUUUUCAAAUCGCAAGUGAUCGCGGCUAACAAGUUUGAUGUUCACAAGUGUGAUGAUUAUGUGUGGGUGACAAAGGAUGAGUUGCUAGAGUACUUUCCAGAACAAGCGCAGUUUCUGAACAAGAUGAUCAUCAGCUGAUGUUUUGAUUACCUAUAAAAUUUGAGUGGCGGAAGAGAACAGUUAUGAUUGUGCCUUAAUAUUGGUGGCUUUUAUGGACGUUGCUGAACAUGGAUUAGCCGUAACAACCAUCUUGGCUUUCUAUUGAUCCUUGACAAGGUGGAUUUGUUUUCAGUUAUUGGGUAGUGGUCGAUUUAAUGGUACCCUGACCAAAUCAAACAAACUGAGCAAGUCCUCACUCAGAAAGUAAGGCUUUUGGGAGGUUGAUUUUUAUGUUACUCAAAUCGAUUUUGAAGGCUAUUUGGAUAGCGAUUGUUUACCUCAUUUCAUUUUUUUCCUCUUUAGCAGCAGCUAUAAGCCUAUAAAGGUGUCAUAAAUGCAAUUCGUGAUGGAUUAAUUAUAGAAUAUUUUGUUAAUCGUUUUUGUGGAUUUUGGUGUUCCAAACCAGCUUUUGACAAGGGGUUGGUCCGAGCUGGUACCAGUUUGUUUCCGGGCUUGUAGACUAUCUUCCAAAAAAGUAUUCGUUUUCUGUUUGUAUUUUGGAAGAAUUGUAACCACAUUGGACUGAUUCUGGUCCGGACAAAAAAACGGACACAUGUAUUUUACCCG